CACAAAUCUUGCUUCGAAGCCACUUCUGAUCUACAUACAAAACAUUCUCCCUUAACCAAGUUUCACAGAGCCAUGGGAAAUUGCUUAGUUCUUCAGGAAAAGGUUAUCAAAGUCAUAAAAAUAGAUGGGAAAAUCCUUGAAUACAAAGCCCCAUUAGAAGUUCAUCACGUUUUAUCAGAAUUUUCUCACCAUGCAAUAUCAGAUAAACUUCCAGUAGUACAGUACAUGAAUCCAAAUGCUAAAAUGAAAGGGGGUCAGUUAUAUUACCUUCUGCCUCUACCAGUGGCUUCACCGCGAAUUAAGAAGAAGAAGACUGUUCGUUUUGCAGAUUCAGUCAAAGAAGCUGGAGAAGCAACCGGAGUUGUGAGGAUUAAGCUUGUCAUCAGCAAACAAGACCUGCAAGCAAUGUUACGAAAAGGAGGAGUUUCAGUUGAUGAUUUGGUAUCAAAACAAAGCACUCACAAAGUUGAUACCAUUGACAGAAUUGGUAACAUGAAUUGCAGAGGAUGGACGCCCGCACUGGAUGGUGUGCCUGAAGUCAACUAGCGCAUGGGAAAACUAAAAGGAAAAAGUAGAAUAGAUGAGAAUAAAAGUUAACAUGAAAGAUGUAAUUCAAAUACAAAAUUUAGUUAGGCUCCGAAAGAUAUAGAAAGUACAGUCCAAUUUGUCUUUUUUAUUUUUCACGAAGGUUUAAAAUACUUCUCCUGUUUGUAGCUUAACAGGAUUAUGAUC